UGCAGAAGGGACAUUUACCGGUACACAUUUAUCAUUCACCGGCUCACCACUACCCAGAUUUACCAGUAGGAUUUACACUUAAACAUAGAAGCUGAAAUAAAAUAAUAAUUCCAUAAGGAAAUAAGGAAAUUUCCAUAAGGAAAUUGGUGUAAAUGAUGCGGUUCCGCGGCGAAACUACCUCUACAAAAUCCCACACGAGUGGAGAUAAUCGAGACGGAGACGAGACGAAACCUACCGGGGAGGUUUCGGCUUGCAAGAAAACAGAGAGGCGGCGAAAGAGAGCAAUUAUAUGGAGCUGGACAUGGAAGCUAUGCGUGCUGAAUACCUUCCUAUUCUACACAAUCUUCCCAGUUCUUGUCUUUUUCAUCCCAGACUUUGCAUCUCAACUCAUCUUCCUCAAUUACUUGAAGUGUCCUGUAUUCCGAGAAUACCAAGCUCCUGAGGUAUAUGGAUUGAAAGGAGCAAGGAAUGUCUACCUCCCUUCUACUAAUGAAGUUCAGCUUGGAGUAUGGCAAAUGCUACCAAAUUCUGCAAGAACAGCAAAUGAUGAAGAGGGUGAAAUAACAGCAGAGUUCUUUGAUAAAGCACUAGGUGACCAUAGACCAGUGAUCAUGUACUGCCAUGGAAACUCAGGUUCAAGGGCGAAUCCACACAGAGUAGAGUUGUACAAAUUAUUGACCAGAAUUGGAUUCCAUGUAGUAGCUGUAGACUACAGAGGAUAUGGUGACUCGUCAAGUCAUACUACCCCAGAUGGUAUUCAUGAUGAUGUACAAACCGUCUAUACAUGGCUGAGGAAAAGGACAGGGGAUUCUCCGUUCUAUAUAUGGGGGCAUUCCCUUGGAACAGGGAUUUCCACAGUGUUCACUUCAAAAAUAUGCAGAGAAGAUGGAUGUCCUACAGGUCUAAUCUUAGAAGCACCGUUCAACAAUCUUCUGGAUGAGGUCAUGAGGCAUCCAUUUGGAUGGGCCUGGAACAUUCUGCCAUACAGUAGGGGUUACUUUGAUCAAGCUUUUAACUCUACAGCUCAAUACUUUCAGAGUGAUAUCAGCAUAGAGCAUGUAACAUGUCCUAUUCUCAUUCUGCACGCUGAAGAUGACUGGGUAGUACCACAUGACCUCGGAAAGAAGUUAUAUGACAUAGCUUUGGAGAAAAGACCAGCCUCAGCGGGCCCAAUCAAAAUGAUUUCAUUUGGUAGUGAAGAGGGUUGUGGACAUAAGAAUAUUGCUUUCUCAACAAAGUUACCAUCUGUUUUAGGUGAUUUCGUCAAGUGAGGAACCAAAAGUUUUGGAGAAUACCUGAUUGCUUUGAGGGCGAAUACUUGAUAUGCUUGUGUGCAACUAUCUCAUGUGUUUCUAAACUCAUUGUGGUGCUUCGUACAGAUAUUAUUUUACAUCACAUUUUGUUUCAAGGUAUAGAUUUUAGUUUUCAGCCAGGAAUUUAGAGCUCUAAGUAGCUCCUAUUAGCUUUCACCUCAAAUAACCUCAUGAAAACAGGGUUUAUUUAAUUUAUCAUUGUCCUUGUAUUGUGUAUCUCAUUCUUGAUGAUGUAUUCAAAAUUAUGUCUGACAAAAGGACAUAUUACCAUAAUGAUUAGUGGCCAUAUUUGGGGGGAAAGAAAGCAACUAAAUAUGACUGAUUUGGGAAACUUUUGAAUAACAUCUGAUAACAUCGGAUUUAAUAAUUUAAUACAAGUCAUUAUUUUCUAUGAUGAUGAUGACAUUAGUUGUGUGAAGUUCAUUGUCUUUUACCAUUCAUCUUUAACCUUAUACUGAUGGCUUGGAUCAUCCAUUUAUACACUGUCAUGUUUCUGGAAACAAGGUAAAAAUUUGCAACCAAUCU